CUGAUGGUUCUGUUGGAUUCCCGGAUGGUUCCCGAACAGAACCGUGCCGGUUCGGCUGGUUCUGAGCCUUUCUUAGAGUCUGUUUUUUGCCCGUAAACCCCGGGGAGUCAGUUCGAAACGAAUCCGACAAAAGGAGCGUCUAGCUCGGUAUGAAACUCCGCCCCGCGCCGCAGGGGGAGGACCUCCGGGGGAAAACAUGAGACAAAGGCGGAGGAUGAAACCAGAGCCGCGGACAGAGCAGCAGCCAGCCCCGCUGCUGGAAUAACACAGCUUCAAACUCUCUCUGGUUCGGUUCUGGUCCCAGUCCAGAUUAUGUGCCAAGGAGCGCACAGACCACGGGGGCCCGCGGACCGGACGGGGACAAGCCGACGGAUCCGGUGAACAGAGCCUCCUCUGCGGCUCGGCUCGGCUCGGAGCGGAUCCCCGGCCCAGAGGCAGAGAGGACCCGCGCGCUGCCGGAAGCCGGCCGCCGAGAGGACACCAGGCCGGGUCCACACUGCUCAGAACCUCCUGGUGGUUCUGGACCCAGACGGUGGAAGUCCACCAGGAACCAGGACAAGGUUCUGGUACCAUAGCGGGUCUGCAAGGUGAACCUGUGGUUCUAACACUUUCUGCUCCUGAACAGCAGGAAUAGAACCGGAACUUUAGAGUCCUAACUGGGUCACUGAGUGAUGAUGAUGAUAUCAUCAUCAUCAUCAUCAUCUCCAUCCAGACAUCUUCUGCAGCUCUUGCGACCCAUAAUGCACCGGGGUGAACAAACUGUGUUGUUCACGCAUGCGCAGUUGUAGCAUAAGCAGUUUGUUAUUUGGUCCACAAUCACUGAACCCAUUAAUAAACCCGAACCUCUGCUGGUGUCUGUGUUUAUUUCUACCUGUGAUGAACUCUGACCUGGUGAGGAACCUGCGCGCUGAUGGCUCCGGCUCGCUGUUGCCCCCUGCUGCUCCGGCUGAUUACAUUAUUAAAUGACUGUCAUUUUCUUUAUUAAUGACAAACAGUAUACUCAAUGACUUGUUGAGGUACAAAGAACAUAACAGUAAGGCAAAUGAUAAAAAUAGAGAAGGAUUUAAAACAAAAGAAAACCAGAGAUCAUUCUUGACGGAGCGUCUGUAGAUGAACACCAGAACCGGGCCUCAAAACCUGGAGUCAGAACCUGGUUCUAGAGGUUCAUCAUAAUGGUCAGACCGGUUACGGAGCUACGCUAUCAGAUGAAUCAGAGGCUGUUAUUGCAGGCAGUGACCAACAGGGGGCGAAAGUCGCCUCGGUUCUGUCUGAACAGCAGCAGAAGAAGCGGCAGCAGCCAGCGCAGAUUAGCCUGUUAGUUUGGAGGCUAAAUGCUCUGCUAUGAAGCUUCUUCUGUGAGACGGUGAGUUCUGGUUCCCCUCUGGUCCGAACUUGGGUCGGACCGGUCCGGAACUACUUCCGGUGCCGUUGUUAGCCAUUAGCUCCGGGUUUAGCCAACUGCUCAGGUGAGCUCAGGUAAGAGCAGCUCAGAACACUCUGCUGGUUCGGUCCGAGCUUCCCAGCAGGGCCAGCUAGCGGUCCAAACGGCACAUCACCGGGAAGAGAGUACGAACCGGGAGCUUUACACCGACCGGAACCAGCCGCACAUGAAUAAGGUCCGGAACCCGGAGACGUCCUGAGGCAGCUGCUGAGGAACAGGUUCGGUCCGGUCAGCAGAACUCCAGCGGAGGUUCGGAGCAGCCUGGACCCAGAAAAGGUGCGCUGCUGGCGAUGGCUCUGAUCGAAGGCGUGGGGGACGAGGUGACGCUGCUGUUCGGCUCGCUGCUGCUGCUGAUGGUGCUGCUGCUCGCCUGGGUCUCCACCCGCACCGCCGAGCCCCAGGAGCAGCUGUUCCCAGGACACUCCCCCUCCCCACAGGACACGCCCCUCUCCUCCAUCGCCUCUGUGGGUGACGGCGCUCUGUCCGAGGCUCCGCCCACUGGCCCCUCCCCCCGGGAGGAGGCGGAGCCCGAGGCGGAAGACGGGGCGAGGCGGCGGGGAGCGGAGCGGAGCAUGGUGGUCCGCCUGAAGUUCCUCAACGACACGGAGAGAACGGCCCAGGUCCAACCGCACGACACCAUCGGCUACAUCAAACGAACCUACUUUGCGGGUCAGGAGCAGCAGGUGCGUCUCAUCUACCAGGGCCAGCUGCUGCAGGACGACGCCCAGACGCUGGCCUCGCUCAACCUGGCCCAUAACUGCGUCCUGCACUGCCACAUCUCCCAGAGCGUGGCGGCGGGGGUGGCGGGGGGCCCGCGGCCCGCCGACCAGGUCCAGGUGGCGCUGAACGUGGGCAGCCUGAUGGUCCCGCUGCUGGUUCUGAUGCUGUCCGUGCUGUGGUACUGUCAGAUCCAGUACCGGCAGUUCUUCACGGCGCCGGCCACCGCCUCGCUGGUCGGCAUCACCAUCUUCCUCAGCCUGGUGGCCUUCGGCGUCUACCGCCGCUAGCCGCUCUCUGAUUGGCCCGCCGCCUUGGGCCUGCACAUUCUGUUGCCAUGGAGACGUGGAGCGCGACAAGGACUCUGAUCUUUAUUUUUUUAGCUGCUGUUUCUCUGUAACUUCUCAUCACUGUGCCUCAGUUCCUCCUGUCUGAUCUAAUCCAGAAUAAAUCACUAAUUUAUC